UAUUUAUAGUGCAAACUGCAUGGAAAAUCUUCAGUCGUUGACGGCUCUUUGAUGUGCGAAUUACCUCUUUAACGGGAAACAGUGCCAAACGAAUAAAUAUAAUAUUGAAAUUAAAAGUACACAAUAUCCAAAUAUUUAAAACGGUAUUAUACCGUUGGUGAAAGUUUUCGUCGGUUCGGUCACUUAAAGACAAAAGAAAUCUUCAGGGCAAUUUGAAAGUAAGAGUGUAAACUAAAUCGAAAGCAAUAGAAAAGUUAAGAAAAACGCAAAUAAAAACAAAAUAAAAUAAAAAAUUGCGACAAAACUGGAGUGAGAGAGAGAGAGAGAGGGAGGGAAGUGCAUGCAAAUGAGUUGAAAAGCUUUCCCUAGCCAAAGCACUGCAAAAAAAUAGUGAACAGUUCGCCGUUCCAUUGAAGUCACCGAUAAAAAAGCGGUGCAUAGUCUUUCCGGCCUGCUUGAAACAAAGCAACAACACAAAACAUGACGUGAAGUGAAGCCGGAAAAUCGCUGAAACCGUAUCGACCCGUCGGCUUGAGUGUGCAAGUGCAAAAUGCAAUGGUGAAAAUAAACAUUCGUUUAUUUUUUUGUGUGCGAGUGUAGUCAUAGUUAAGUCUGUCUCGUCAUCACGUCGCUUAUCGCUCGUUCCGCGUGCCUACUCGCCGGUGUGGCUCAAUAAAGUGACGAAAAUCCUCUCGGUCUCGACAUAUGCGCGCGAUAGUCAGUUCGCGCUCAAUUGUGCAAGUGACUCAACAAGUGGGGCACCGAUUUAAACUCUUUGUUUUAUAACCCUGAAAUGGGCAUAAUAUAAUAUAAGAAAUACGAAGCUUACCUGCAGACCAAAAUUGAAUUUAUGCACAAGCAUAAGUUCCAAAAGCGGAGCAGUUAAAUUUACGGAGUUUCCAUCAUCAAACGAUUUAGCCACACCAAUCCAAAAUGUAUGGAUUCGUUAAUUACGCCUUGGAGCUGCUCGUGCUGAAAAACUUCGGUGAAGAAAUAUGGGACCAAAUAAAGAAAAAAGCGAUGGUCAGCAUGGAAGGUCAGUUUUUGGUGCGACAAACAUAUGACGAUGAAAUCACCUACAAUCUCAUCGGCGCGGCGGUGGAAAUUUUACAUAUACCAGCCGAUGAUAUAUUGGAGCUCUUUGGUAAGACUUUUUUCGAGUUCUGCCAGGAUUCGGGCUAUGACAAAAUUUUGCAAGUGCUGGGCGCCACACCGCGCGACUUUCUGCAGAACUUGGAUGCGCUGCAUGAUCAUCUGGGCACCCUUUACCCCGGCAUGAGGGCACCUUCAUUUCGUUGUACAGAAAAGGAUGGCUCACUUCUGUUGCACUACUACUCGGAACGUCCCGGCUUGGAGCACAUCGUGAUUGGUAUUGUUAAGGCGGUGGCAUCCAAACUGCAUGGUGUCGAGGUGGAAAUUGAGAUCGUCAAGCGGAAAGGUGACCCAAUCGAUGAAGAAGACCGCACAGAUGUAUUUACGCAACAACAACAGCAGCAAUCAAGUAGCACAAUACCUACUGAAAAUCUACCAGAAGAGAAUAACAAUCACAAUAACACCAACAAUAAUGCCAGCAAUAAAAAUAACAACGAAAACGAUGCGGAUGACGACGAUGAUGUGGUGGUGUUAUCAGCCGCAGAUGUUAGCAAUAAAAAGCAAGCUCGUUGUGCUUUUGGCCGCACCAAAUCGCACUCGGCUUCGUCAAUGAGCAGCGGCGGCAAGCAGGCGGAUAGUUUCGACAGCGACCCCGACAAACAGGAGCAGAAAUGUUUGCGUUUGCUCAAAAACAAGAGCGACGACAUCGAGCGCUACGAUCAUGUGCAGUUUCUAAUUCGUGAAAUCGGCACCAGCAGCAGCAAUGCCACGGCGGGCGCCGGCAACGCUACCACAACGGCUACCACGUCGCUGGCGUCGUCGGCGAGCGGGGACGAGCGCGCGAUAGCCACUUGCCGGGAGGAGGCCAAGGAGCCGCCGGAUGAGAUAGACUUUUUGUGUGAAGCGCCGCUUAUCUCGCCCGCCACAUUCUGCAAGGUGUUCCCAUUCCACUUGAUGUUCGAUCGGCAAAUGAAAAUUGUGCAGGCCGGCAAAUCCGUUUCGCGCGUCAUUCCAAGAGUUGCGGUGGAAAACUGUUCCAUAUUGGAGGUACUCGAGGCCAUACGUCCGCAUUUACAGUUAAGCUUCGAAAACAUUUUGUCGCACAUCAACACGAUUUACGUACUGCAGACGCGUCAAGGGGCGAUGGGCAAGCAUGAACGGUACCUGAGGUUAAAGGGUCAAAUGAUGUACAUACCAGAAUCCGACCGCAUAUUGUUUCAGUGCUAUCCCAGCGUCAUGAAUUUGGAUGAUUUGACAAAAAAGGGUCUCUAUAUUUCCGAUGUCCCGCUACAUGACGCCACCAGAGAUUUGGUGCUGCUCUCUGAAAAAUUCGAGGCUGAGUAUAAAUUGACAAAGAAUCUGGAGCUGCUUACCGAUAAGCUGCAACAAACCUACAGAGAUUUGGAAAGUGAAAAGCAGAAAACGGACAGGCUCCUCUACUCGGUUCUACCCAAAUCGGUGGCCAAUGAACUGCGGCACCAACGCCCCGUGCUGCCUAAACGUUAUGAUUCGGUGACGCUGAUGUUCUCCGGCAUCGUUGGCUUUGGCAAAUACUGCGCUGAGAAUACCGACGCUGAGGGUGCUAUGAAAAUCGUCAAAAUGCUGAAUGAAUUGUACACAGUCUUCGAUGCGCUAACCGAUUCGAAGCGAAAUCCAAACGUUUAUAAGGUGGAGACUGUUGGCGACAAGUAUAUGGCUGUGUCGGGCUUACCCGAUCACUGUGAGGACCAUGCCAAAUGCAUCGCCCGAUUGGCCCUGGACAUGAUGGAUAUGGCAAAGAAUGUGAAAAUGGGCUCCAGUCCUGUGCAAGUGACAAUUGGCAUUCAUUCGGGCGAGGUGGUGACCGGCGUUAUCGGCAAUCGUGUGCCACGCUACUGUCUCUUCGGCAACACGGUGAACCUGACAAGCCGGACAGAGACCACGGGUGUGCCGGGACGCAUCAAUGUCAGCGAGGAAACUUAUCGAUUGCUCUGCCAGGAGAUAAACCACGAUGAUUCAUUCAAUCUCGAAUACCGUGGCCCAGUCGUCAUGAAAGGUAAACCGACACCGAUGGAUUGUUGGUUCCUAACACGCAACACUUCGGCAACAGCAACACGCGUUAGCGUUACCGACUCUCCAUUGCCACCGAGCACACCACCACCAUUAUCAUCAUCGACGGCAACAAACUCGAAAACCAAUAGCAACAACGCAGCAGGGACCGUCUGCGGCAUAGGCGAAUCAUCUGCCGCAAUUGUGGGAGCAGCUACGCAGCCAUUGUGCACAGCAGAUGAUGGUGCUGCAACUAGUCAAGCACCUUUGGCAACGGCACACACAAACACUUUCUCACCCACAUCGCCGGUCUCAUCAUCCUCCUCCUCGGCCGUUACCGUGGCAAGUGGCGGCAUCGCAUCCGCCGGAACAGACGCCAACAUUGAUGUGCCAGCAGCUGCGCCACCUGCUGAAYUGACAUAGGAAAUGUGCAACGACUCGUCAUGCUGCUGCUGAAACAUACUUUAAGUACGGAGUGGGGGAGAAAGGACUGAAAAUGCGGCCAACAAAUAAAGUGAGUGGGGUACAGAUUAGAUUGGAUCGGUUUGAAUUACAGCGGUUUAAAUUGCAAUGUUGUUGGCGCAUGAAGGGAGUAGAGCACUGAAUAUCCACAGCACAUAACAGACGUCGUGGAUGCCACCUUACACUUUUCCWCCUUACAACUCUCUCAUCUUACUCUGGUACUUUAGGUUCGAAUCGUCGCACAUGGGAGCUACCAGAAGGAAAACCAUAGACAUUACUCUUAAGGUGAUUUCUAAAAAGAAUAAAUAUGUUAAAGAGUUCCCUUAUGUUUGUUCAAUAGUUACAAAAACACAUUUAUAUACGCGAACCUAGCAUAAUGUACUGUUAUUGUAAACACUUACAGCCAACUGCCUUCUAAAGUGAGUUCAGGAGAAAAUAAAAGCACGAUUUUAUGUAUAGAUGAGUCAUUAAUAUUAUUUGUUACAUAAAUUAAUAGUCAACUUUGUUAAUCCUCUCAUGAGUUWCCCUCAUGCCCCAUGUUUCUUUGUCUAAACACAACGGAUAUGAUAUCUGUUCCAAAAGGUUUCUUCAUAACAAAGAGCUAACCAGCACAAAGGAUAUUUAAAUCGCAUAAAUAGUAGAUUUGAAGAGUCUUUAACUAACAUGUAGUUCUAAGCAAACUCAGUAGAUAAACUAUAAGCCAAGAAACACUCGUUUAUACAUAUAUAUGUAUAUGAUAUGUAGGUAAUUGUAAACCUUUUCCAAACGCAAUCUAUUAAAGCAAAUAUUCUAAUUAAAACUGCUCUAUGAGGAAGAAACUAAAAAAAUAAAAAAAUAUAAUAUUAAAAAAAUGUUUAUUGUAAUAGAAAACUCUCAGAAACACUAACCCACUUGAGGACACUAAAGCGCACCAAAAACUCACGCAUUCGCUAUUAGGCACGUAAAACGAGCGUGAGCAACGGAGUACACAAGGUGUUACAAUACGUAUUUGUUUAAUAAAACUGAGAUAAAUAUAUUACAACUGAAAACCUACACAUAUUGCAAAUAGAAAGUUCCGGCUUGUGUGUAAAUGCGUGAGUUCGGAAGUAAAUACUUAGUUCUAGGCAACUUAAGCAGUUCUAACAGCUAAUAUUGAUCGUUUGGCGCACACACACACUUGGACGCAGAUAUAAAAAAUUGAAAAUGAAUGUGUAAAAUGUUUUAGGCUAUUUAAAUGUACACAACUGCUAACUUAURUACUAUAUAUGUACGUACAUAUGUACAAGCGUAUGACAUAAUUCUUUAAUAAAGAAAUAUAAAGAAGUUUGUCAACUGAUGAAAAUAGCUUUAUAGGUAUUUAAGCUGUCACUUAAACACUCACUCAGUUACUCGAACUUAGCUCUCACACACACAGACACACAACACACAAUGUAUGUAUGCAGUUACAUACAAAUAUUUAACAAUAAACUCUAUGUAAGCAUGGCAAAUAUAAUAUUAACGAGGGCCGCAGAUUUAUGUCAGUUUCAUUCUUAAAUAAUUUCCGUGCGACAAUUAUUACAAUAAAAAUUUUCUUUAGAAAUUUCUGAUGCUUUCUCCCUGCUGUUAUAAGCAUUCAAGAAACCCGCAAAAAUGUUGAUUUAAAAAUUCGGACAGUAGAGGGAAAUAGAUGCAUUGGCACUUUGUUAAAAAAAAAAUUCAAAAAUAAGGAUCAGUUCAGCUGUGGAAAYGAGUAUGCUUGGACCACUCAACCACGUUCAGUUAAAGAGAAAUGGUUUUUCUCAAAAUGCAUUUUGGAUCAAGCAGUUUUUAUACUUUUUAUUAACUCUAUCCACAUUCUUAAUAUAUUCGGGUAACCCCAAAAGUGUCGACCUCUCAUCGCAUCCGCAAGUCGCAGCUGGCGUUGAGUGUUAACAGAACUCCUUGCUUAAAAUAAUUAUUCUCUCACGCAGCGGUAAAUUAUAUGUAACUCAUUUUACCCUCUCCUAAUUAUUGAGGGAACUUUCUAAGCGUUUCAUUUAAGUUUUUGAUAAGUUUGUCGCAGUCUUAAUUGCUUAGAGCUUUCCGCUUGUCUAUACUCCGAGUCCUGCUUCCCGCUGAACUGCUACUGACAACUUUCGUGUUAUUUCAACAAUUGCAAAUACCAGGCUCCACACAAAAACUGGAAAAUAUGAAUUUUAAAUAUUACCAACUAAGUGUAUUGAAUUUACUGUAGUUGCAUAAGCAUGGGAAACAAGAGAAACAAAUAAAGUUUCAACUCUAGGGAAUGAAUAUUGUAAGAGCAGAACACGCAGUGUUGCAGCUGAGAAUGUAUUAAUAAGGAAUUAUUGUAAAUGAAAAAUGUAAUAAACUUUAUUCUUGAGAAAACAAAACUCCAAUAAAAAU